GGCCGCCGUGUGCGCGCGUGGCGUGCGUCUCCACCUAGCUCGCCCACGGUCCACACCACCCGACCAACCCAACCCAAUCCGAGCAUGCAACCAACACCAGUCCUUCUGCCAUAGUGCACCAGCGCGCGCGGCCACCAGCCCACCAUGGACGCGGCCGUCUCCCUGCACCACCACCACCACGGCGCGCUCCCCACCGCCGCCACCUCCUCCCUCCCACCCCACCACCGCUCCCUCCACCUCAAACACCCACCACCCGCCACCAUCUCCACCCGCCUCGCCGCGACCUUGCCGCCAUCCAGGACGCCCCGCCGCUCCUCCACCGCCCCGCCGCCCAUCCCAACGCGCGCCGCCACCACCACCACCAGCGCCCGCGCCGCCACGGGCUACGCGGCCGCGCUGGCGGACGCGUCCCUGCGGGCCGGCACGCUUCCACGAGCCGCCCGCCACGCAAGCGCGCUCCUCCGCCGCCUCCACGCGCCUCCUAACGGGCAGCGCCUGGAGGAGGCCGACGGCCGGGUGAGCGCGCUGGUCAGGAUGCUCGUCGCCAAGGGCAAGGGCGGCAUCGUAGCCGACGUCCUCGCCGAGUUCGCAGCCAUCUGCGACCGCCUGCUCGCCCCGCUGCCCGCCUCGGCCUCGGGCGAGCGCGCCCACUCACGCGCCUCCUGCUGCUACUGAUCGAUGCUUGCGCGUUGGAACAUUUUGGUUUGCUUCAGGAAUCAGGAUUGGCUUCUGGUAUGAACCGCGGAAGAAUCGCUGCCGGUUAAUCUCAGCUUCUGAUGCAACUCGAUUUGCUACGAUUAUUUGAUUAUAUGCUUGUGAGCAGACGGUGCUACGUUAUGUUUGUCAUGUCAAGCGACAUGACAAGAUUUGAGCUAGCUGCACCAAUUCCUAACGUCGCCAUGUAUGCACGCAUCAUCACAAAUCUUCGAUGAUCUGUUUUUUAGUUUCAUUUUUUGAAACUGGUUGAACACAAUACAAUUGCUCAACAGAAGCCAUUUGCACUAGCACAUAACAAGAAUUAAUGAUCGAAAAGGCAUCGAGUUGUAGAUCCAUGCAUCCUAUAUGAGUAAGGUGAGCCUUUGCGGCAUUGCUAGACUUUUUGCCGCCGCACCUUUCCAACAUAGAUGUAAUUCUCCAUAAAAGGAAGGAACUACGAGAAUACAUCCGCGUGUUAUUUA